AUGGGUGGCAAUAGUAGCAGCUCCUUGAACGUUCGAAUAGAAAAAGCGCAGAAGUUUGGUGUGUGCUCGCUUUCGGAGCUUAGACUUAAAAAGGUCCCCGAAGAAAUACUGAAAGCAAAGCUCAAGCUGCGUACUCUCGAUUUGUCUAAAAAUCAGAUAACUUGUUUACCAGGAGCAGUAAUAGGCCAGUUAUCGCUUCUUAAAAAUUUAAAUGUCGCAAACAAUCAAAUAGAUGAGUUGCCCCCAACUCUAGGCAAAUUGGCUAAAUUGGAGAAAAUUGAUUCGAGUUAUAACAGAAUAAAAGCGCUACCUAAUGAAUUUAAUCAGCUGUUGAACCUUAGGACGCUCAUAUUUUCCAAUAAUGAUAUUACUAUUUUUCCGACUGCUCUUACUGAGCUACGCCAACUGGAUAUGAUUGACUUAUCUCAUAACAAAAUUAAGGAAUUACCAACCAAUUUAACAACAUUAAGCGUACGUAUGGCCGUUGAACUAAAUCUAAAUAACAAUCUCAUCGCUCAUCUACCUGCGUCAAUAGCGAAUUGUUCUAGAUUGAAAGUCUUAAGAAUCGAAAAUAAUUCUUUAGCUAUCCAUUCCAUUCCUGUAGAACUGCUAAGUGAAUCGACGGUUUCUUUAUUGGCUGUUGAAGGAAACUCAUUUCAGAUGAAGCAAUUACAAGAUGCUACUGGUUAUGAUAAGUACAUGGAAAGGUACACUGCUGCCAGGAAGAAAAUUGGCUAG